AUGAAAUCUUCAUCAUCAAAGAACACUAUUCAUGGUCAUCUUCGUAGAGGCUCGUCUCUAUCAGUUGGUGAUGGCUCACACAUCAUAACCUCCCCUGACAACACUUUUACGUGUGGCUUCUACGGCCUUCAAACCAACGCUUACUGGUUUGCAAUCUGGUAUACAAAUUCCAAAGAUCGAACCGUGGUUUGGACUGCAAACCGCAGCAAACCUGUCAAUGGCCAUGGCUCAAAAAUGACGCUUCAGAAAAACGGUGCCAUGGUUUUGACCGAUGUAAAUGACAUGUUUGUUUGGCAGACCAACACAACAUCCACCGAUGUAGAUAGAGCAGUGCUGCUUAAUACAGGUAAUCUGGUAUUGAUGAACAAGAAAGGUGAGAUUCUUUGGCAAAGCUUUGAUUAUCCAACCGAUACUCUUUUGCCUUCUCAAGUGUUAACAAAGAGCAAAAGCUUAAUAUCUGCAUUGAGAAAAGGAAGUUUACAAGCUGGGUAUUUUAGUUUGAGUUAUAACAGUAAUAAUGUAUUAAUACUGCUUUAUGAUGGCCCAGAAAUCGCAAGUGUGUACUGGCCUAGUCCUCUUCUUGGAUUUGACGUUUGGUCUGCUGGAAGAACCUCCUAUAACAGUAGCAGAUUUGCAGUCUUUAACGAUUUGGGUGUGUUUAAUUCAAGCGAUGGGUGGCAAUUUAAUGCUUCGGAUAUGGGUUUGGGGAUCAGAAGGAGGCUCACCAUGGACUAUGAUGGGAAUCUCAGAUUUUAUAGCUUGAAUGAGUCAACUGGGUUAUGGUCGAUCUCAUGGCAAGCUAUUGCACAACCAUGUGAUGUUCAUGGAAUCUGUGGGAGAAACGGGAUUUGUGUUUACGGAGACAAACCACCGUCGUGUUCAUGCCCAGCUGGCCAUGAGUGGAGUGACCCUACUGAUUUAAGCCGUGGGUGUAAGCCUACAUUCAAUGCUACGAGUGAAAACUCAACGAGGUUUGAGUUUUUGCCAAUGUCGUAUACUGAUUACUAUGGCUUUGAUCUAAAUUACUCAUCGCGCAUUUCCUUGGAUUCGUGUAAAGACAUCUGCUUGAAAGAUUCUCGUUGUGAAGCAUUUAACUAUAGGCUAACAGGUGAAGGUCUUUGUUUUACUAAAAAUGUUCUUUAUAAUGGUUUCCAGAAGCCUAAUUUCCCAGGAACCACCUACAUCAAAGUCCCAAUAGGCAUGGAAACACCCGAAGCUGCUUCAAUCCUUACUGGUUCAAAGGCCAUAUGUGCAGACGAUCAAGUCACCCUGGGAUCUCCAUCUAUGUAUAAAUUAUCUGGUGGGAAGGUGAAAUGGGUUUAUCUUUACUCGUUUGCUAUAGCUAUUGGUUUAGUUGAAGCUUUGGUCAUCUUAUUGGGCUGGUGGAUAUUUUAUGGAAACAACGCAUUGGUAAACAGCCUAGAAGAAGGGUAUCGUAUGGUAUCUAGUCAAUUUAGAGGGUUUAGUUAUAAAGAGCUGUUGAAGGCGACACAGAACUUUAAGGAGGAGAUAGGCCGAGGAGGAUCAGGAGUUGUGUAUAAAGGGAUUCUGGAAGACGAAAGGGUGGUGGCUGUGAAAAGACUGGGAGAUGUGAGCGAAGAAGGUGGAGAGUUUUGGACAGAAGUCAGCACCAUUGGUAAAAUCAAUCACAUGAAUCUAGUGAGGAUGUGGGGAUUCUGCUCUCAGAGAAAACACAAACUUCUAGUUUAUGAGUAUGUAGAAAAUCAAUCUCUUGACAAAAGAUUGUUCUCCUCGAGUUUUCUUCAAUGGAAAGAAAGGUUCAAAGUUGCCAUCGGGAUAGCAAAAGGUUUGGCUUAUUUACACCAUGAGUGCCUAGAAUGGGUGAUUCAUUGUGAUGUUAAGCCAGAAAAUAUUCUUUUAGAUGAGUCGUUCGAAGCAAAGAUUGCAGAUUUUGGUUUGGCAAAGUUGUCACAAAGAGGUGGUCAAAACUCGGAGUUUACUAAAAUGAGGGGUACAAAAGGAUAUAUGGCUCCAGAAUGGGCUAGCAACCUUCCUAUCACAGCAAAAGUUGAUGUGUACAGCUAUGGGGUUUUGGUUUUAGAAAUGGCAAGGGGAGUUCGACUUUCUAAUAUGAUUAUGCAGGAAGGUGAAGAGGAAGAGUCGGAGCUUAUGAGGGUUGUAAGGGUAACGCAAACGAAGCUUCAAGGAGAAGAAAUGGAGUCAUGGAUUGAAGAGAUUAUUGAUUCAAGGUUGGGAGGGGUGUUUAGUAGGAAGCAGGCUGCAAAACUGGUUGAGAUUGGUGUAAGUUGUGUGGACGAAGACAGGAAUAAAAGGCCUACAAUGGAUUCGGUUGUCCAAGUUCUAAUUGAUUGUGAGCCAUAG